AUGGCGGACCGCGCCAACCCCUCCACAGAGAGGAUCACGGUCACCUAUGCAGCGUCUCAGGCUCUCCUCGCCGCUCCUCUGACUCCUCAUUUCCUACACCUCCUCAAUGAGCAGCUUCCACUCCGCAACCUGCAUUGGCGUCCCAGUCAGUCCACUCUCGAUGCCGUCGCAGCUCGCGCCGCUUCGCAGGGCAAAACUGCCCAGCCAUCUUCUUCCGUCGUACCUGGCUCCACAAUCCGCACCAUACAAACGCUGGAUAUCGCGCUCAAGCCGCUCACGGAUGAGAUUCGUCGUAUGCGCGGGGAUCCUGGCUACUUCGACCAACCAGGCACCGCAGCACUCCUCGACCGUCCCUUUGUUCAUCUCUACCUUUUGGUCUGCGAAGACAGCGAACACUACCGUACCACCGUUCGCAAUGAGAUCCGUUCAUGGAUCAGCAGUCUCUCCUUCUUCACGGCUAGGCAAUCAUCAUCAUCGCAGGAUGCAUCGUCUGUUGGCACGUCGAGCUUUGCAUCCUCUUCAAAGACUUCGCUUGCACUCGGUUCCUUGCGCUCGGCAACCCCACCCGUCCGUUCCGAAACGCCCCCUGCGACGAAUUCUGGCGCCAAUACGCCCACCACUCAAAGCGGUACUCUCAAGUCGGCUUCCACCAGUACCACAGCGCCUGCAGGGCCCACAGAGCCGGAGUAUCUCAUCGUCCUCAUCACCCCACCAGAGGGCGCUGGCGUUGCUGGGCCUGCCGGCGCAGGUGCCACCGGUGCAGACGCAAAGUCCGGCAUGAGUCGCUUCAUGAACAAGUCCAAGGGCAACGUUCUCGAAAAGGCCCGUGCCGACUUCGACACGUCCAAAAAGGAGCACGUCGUCCAGCUCUCCCGCUUACCACCCGUUCCCGCAGCACCGCUCAGCCGACCCGGCCUGCACUCGAUGGACCCCACCAUCUGGGCCGAGCUGCUCACAAAGAUGCGCGAAGCCGCCUCUUCCACCUUUACCACCACCGUCGAAGCGCAGGAGCACGAAAUCGCCCGUUGCGGCAUCACCCGAGGUCAGCAGGGUUGGGACUUCUGCAGCUACUUUCUCGCCAAGGACUCGCUCGCGCGCACACUCGAGGCCGUCGGUCUCAAGGACGAUGCCGUCGGCCAGUACGAGGAUCUCGAAGUUGUGUUUGCGCAGGCGAUGCAGAGCGGGGCGGUGUCGUUCGCACCUAUAGGUGGAGACGACGAGAACGACGACUCGCUUCCACUGCUCGAUGUGAACAAGAAGCCGUAUGCCGAGUUGAUACGACGUCGCGAGAUCUCGCUCUUUGACUUUCGAUGCUACCUGUUCGCACGCAAGGCGGCACUCUUGGGUAAGAUGGGCAGGGUCGCAGCCGUGAUGCGCGAGGCACCGGUGUUCAUCAGCGCCGUAGGACGCAUGUUGAGGCGCAACAGGCGACUCGGUAGUCAAUUUGUGGAGUCCUGGAUCUUCUCGGCUGCGCUUGAUGUUGUCGAGCAGUGUCAGGCAUGGCUCAUUCAACGUGGUGGGCAGUCGGUCACCGCAGCUGACGAUCAGCUGAGUCCAGCGUUUCACUCGAACAAGUCCGAGCUGCUCGAUGUCGCGAGGCGUCAGCUCGACCGUAUGGGUAUUGAAGCUGGACAUCUUCCCGCAUCGGAGCCGUUUGCGUAUGCUGUAGCAGGAGAUGCAUCAGAGACGCCGAUAUCGACGGUGUCUAGGGAGCGCGAUCUACCGCCGCUGCCUAACGGUGCAGAUGAGACGGCAAUCGACGGUCUUGGUCUAGGUCCAGCGGCGGUCGUCACCGAGAAGCGCGGCUCAUCCCGACCCGAGCUUCAGCAAGCCGUCGCGUCCAGGGAACACUUCGAUUCGCACUACCUGGCUCUGUGUGAGCGCAUCUUGUCGGGAUGGAAGGUAGCCUCACGCACGCGCGACGCUCUGCACGUUCGCACCAUCAUCGCGACUCUGCACUACCUGCGCGGAAAAUACGAGAUUGCGAUGGAGAGUCUGCCCGCGCUCACCGAAGAGUACGCGGGCGCCAAGUUCGCCGUGCUCGAACGCCAUGCGUUGGGUAUGCAGCUGGAGUGCCAUGCAAAGCUCGACAAGCCGAGGGAUCGGGCGUGGAUAGCAGCUGCGCUGGCUGCGUUGAAUGUCAGCGUUCGGGCAACUGGCUCGAGCAGCAAUCUCGAGGUGGAAGCAUCGAAGUGGACCGACCCCGGGUACCUGUGCGAUCAGCUUCGUACGGCGUCCUCGGCGCUGGGCAGAGAGGUACCGAUCAGCGGGUUCCCGCUGUUUUCGAUAGAAGUACCGAGUUCGUCCGCCAAGUUGGCAGAGACCGAAGACGGAUCGCUGCUCGAGGUGGACGUUACGUCGCUGCUACCCUGCAAGCAAGCGGUCGAAGACGUGCGCGUCUGCCUCGUCACAGGUGGUGGGAAGACCUUAUGGUUCACGUCGUCCAGGACGGAGAUCGGGCCGGGCACGACGAAGGUGGAGCUCUUCUGCCCGCAUCCUGCGCACGGUGUGUAUACGGUCGAUGUGACGCAAAUCCGGAUCGCAAGGGUGAUCUUCCAGUACGAGCACGGGACGGCGUCGGAACCGUUCAUCGUGAGGGUGCUGAAGGAUGGCUCGGCGCCGAGUGUGGCGGUGGGGCUGCCGCGACGGAUCGAUCUGGACCGUCGGAGGGAGAUUGAGUUGACCGUUAGGUCGGGCAGGAAUGACAUAGAGGUGGCGGAGGUCAGUGUUACGUCGAAUGGUGGGUCUGCGCUCGUCGACUAUGAGGAGGCCAAGAUGUCCGAGGAUGGAAUGGUGAGCGGUGCCGCCGUAGUCGGGCAUGGAAGUGCCACCGCUUCGUCGGCCUCCAUCACGACCCUGCGCAGAGACACCUCUGCGGUCAUCCUCCUGCCCUUGCUCCAGCUACCAGACUCCGGUGUGCUCGACGCAAUCGUCACGCUGAACUACACUUCAACACCGAACGAUUCGCAGCGCCACGCGAGCGCCACGAAGCGCACCCUCAAACUCCCCGUACAGCUCCGCACUGCCCUUCCGCUGGGGGUCAAUGUGCAGGACUUCUUCCGCACCUCUUGCCUCCUGUCCAAGUUCACCAUAUCUACGGGUGGGGGUGGGAGUCUGAGGCUGCAACCUGUGACGCUGCUUCACGACGAAGAUGCCAACGGUGAGGGUGGGACGGUGUACAAGAUCGAUUCUUGUGGGUCGUCGAGGGAGGCGACUGUGACACCGAGGCAGCCUGCGACGUAUCUUUUCCGGGUGUCGAAGGGUGAGGCAGGGAGAGUGGAGGGAGGAAAGGGUAGGAUGAGGUUGACGGUGCGGUAUCGAGGUUUACAGGAGGAUGCGAUUGAGGCGGUGGGGAGAGCGUUGGAUGUUGAGAUCGGGAGGGGCGAAAAGAGACGGGGAUUGGAGAGUGGUACGGCGAAUAGGAGGCUGCUGGACGAUGCGCUUGGGACGUAUCUGCGGGAACGGUUGGAUCUGCCUGCCUUUUCGAUCACCGGGCAGGUGAGGACAGGGGCUUUGGAUAGGCAGUGGUGGAGCAGGGAGAGGCGGUCGUGGGGCCAGUGCACGUUGACGCUGGACGAGCUGGUUGAACUGCUGAGGGCGACGCUGGAUGGUGUUUCGACCGGAGUGCAGGCGGCGGCGACAGAGGAGGAGAUUUGGCAGACACUGACGAUUCCAGUCGACGUGCCAAGUGUCGACUACGUCAACGCGGUCACACUCAGUCUUAGCUCUGCAAACAAGGUCGUUGCUGGUGUCGAGUCGACUUCGACAGAUCCCACUUCGAUCAUCGUAGGACAGCCGGUCGAUCUAGUCAUUUCGAUCAACACCUCUACCGCGUGGUCAACCUCUCCGCACGACGAUGGGGAGACGAUGGUGUACGACGUGGUGCCGGACUUUGAAACCUGGUUGGUGGACGGAUCGAAGCGAGGGACGUUCCCUGUCAAACACGAUCCGCUGUCUUUGGCGGGCAAGAGUGGCACAUUCAGUGUGACGCUCACGGUCGUACCGCUGCGGACGGGCAGUCUGGUUCUCCCUUCGGUUCAGGUGAGGCCGAUGUCGACGCUAGUGCCGACAAGGAUGGGAGAGGAAGGGAGAGUGGCGACGUGCGAGACGUACGUCACGAAUGCGGGGCAGAGGGUGGAUGUUGUGCCGGCUAGAUCGGUCACUGCGUUUUUGGUGCCCAUUGAGGGUGCUGCAAGUGGGGCAAGGAGGGAUAGCUGGACGAGCAAAGGUGGUGUUGGGAUGGCGGGGUUGGACAGGAUGCGAUCCGUUUGGCAGAGUCAACAGUAUCUACACGCUGGGUAG